UGUGCCACCUUCCCUCUCUUUCUUCUCCUCAUCUCGCACAUCUUUUAGUGUUGGACAUCUUUCUUCCUUCCUCCUCUAGAUUAUAAUUUUCUUUCAGACUCUCGCUCAGACAAAAGUAAUUGAACCCGACUUUCGCUAAUCAUUCCUUCUUGGACCACCUCUUUUUUUUUUUCUUUCCGACGCCAGUCCGAGCACUCCAAGAACCAACAAAAACAAAAUCCGAUCACUUUUGAUUUAAAUUUGCUUUGCUCUCCCGGAUUCUUCCCAUCAAGGCAUAUUUUGGAUCAACUUGUUUUGUUUUUUUGAAAGUCCCGAGACAAAAGAACUUUAUCUUCUAUCGUAUACAAGGAACAGACAACAACAGCAAUGUACACCAAGACCAUCUCUGCUGGCCUUAUGGCCCUCCUGGCCUCUGUUGCCACGGCUCAGACUCACACCUCCUGCAGCCCCAUCUUGAGGGAUGACUGCCCCAACGACAAGGCUCUGGGCAAGUCUAUCGAGAUCGACUUCACAAAGGGAGACGACACGACUGGCUUCUUCAAGAAGCUGGACGGCACCACCUACAAGGUUACCUCCAAGGGUGCCGAGUUCACCAUCUCUGAGUCCGGCCAGGCUCCUACCCUCGUUUCCAACUCUUACAUCUUCGGAGGCAAGGUUGAGGUUAAGUUCAAGGCUGCUCCCGGUGCUGGUAUUGUCAGCUCCAUUGUGCUGCAGUCGGAUGACCUUGACGAGAUUGACUGGGAGCACGUCGGAAACGACCAGAUGCGUGUUCAGAGCAACUACUUCUCAAAGGGCAACGACACGGUCUAUGGCCGUGGCCAGUUCCACAACCUCCCGUCUAACGGCAUGGAUAACUUCCUGACCUACACCCUCGACUGGACCAAGGACCAGCUCCAGUGGAUCGUCAACGGCAACGUCGUCCGCACCCUGAAGCGCUCCGAGACUACCGCUGGCGCCAACGGCUACCCCCAGACCCCCUGCCAGAUCCGCAUCGGCACCUGGGUUGGUGGUGCCAAGGGCGGCAACCAGGGCACCAUCGACUGGGCUGGCGGUCUGGCUGACUUCUCCAAGGGUCCCUUCACCGCCAUCUACGAGUCGAUCAAGGUCACUGACUACUCGACUGGUGCCACUGAGUACGUCUACACCGACCGCUCGGGCAGCUGGGAGAGCAUCAAGGUCGUGAAGGGCGACAGCAGCAGCAGCAGCAACAGCACCUCGGGCUCCAGCACCAAGACUAGCAACAGCACCGCUACUGGUGCCUCGACCAUCGCCACUGCCACCCGCGCCACUAACGGCAGCAGCUCGGGCAGCAGCCAGACCAACGGCUCGGGUAGCACCGCUGCCUCGCAGACGAGCUCCACCCCGGCUGCCACUGGUGCCGCUAUUGCCAACCUUCCCAACUUUGUCCUCGCCGGUGCCGCCGGUCUGGGCUACAUGCUUCUGUAAACUGAGCAAAUAAAACAAGCUACAAAAACCAGCAAAAAAAAUAUCAGUAUAAACAUGUGAUUUUUUUAGGGGGGUGGGGGGCGGCGGUUUUGACUGUAUGAACUUUUUUCGUCUGUUUGAUACUUUAUUGUACUGCAAGCUUUUUUUUUAUACCAAUUUGUUUUUCUCUGCUCCAUUGCGCGGGACCUCACGGUAAUCAUCAUUGCAUCAACCUGUCUUGGAGGGUAUCAUUUUGCAUGACGGGCAUACAUUGAGUAUUGGAUCAGUCAACAAAGGGGAUUGCUUUCGCUUCCAUGACCAUAGAUUCCACAGUGUUCCUUCUUGUCUAUACUUUUAACUUCUGCAUAGAAUCAAAGAGUAUAUCUGAAAAAA